AUGACAAGUCCGCAGCGUCUAGAAGGUAGCUCGACCUCCAAAAGGCAUUCAAGAAAUGCCUCCUACAAUCGAGCUCCCCUCGCAAGACGUAUGACCAAGGGGCCCCUCGAUUCGGACGAUCCUUUAGCUGUCCAAUCUCCUCAAACACCCAGCCAUGUCACCAUUGAAGCCGCGAAUAUCCCUAUACCUACCACAUCUUUCAGUCCAGAGCGCCCAUUCGCUCAACCCGCCGUCACGGCCCCUCCACCCCCGCCUAGCAAGGAUUUCACUUACCUGCUCCGGCCAGACAUCUACCACCCCUUAUCUCAGCUAGAUCUACCCUCUCAAUUCCGCACGCCCAAACGCCAGCCACCUCCCUCCACCCCAACACCGACCCUUCUCGCAAAUCACAAUUUUCGUUCUGCCGCCACAGCUGCAGCUUUACGGCUCUGCACGCCACCUGCGCCCCCUCCCAACGAGCUUUUCCCGCUUCUCUACACCCGUCUCGCCUGUUUGACUCUCAUAAGUCACCUCCCUUUCGCUGCCGAAGAAUCAAAAGCGCUGCAAGACAUCAACAGCCCAUUCUACCGCGACGAAGUUACUGGAAAGAACAUCUUACCGUGGGAGUUGAGGGUUCUCGCCGUGCGGUUACAAGGAGUGGGAUACGGAGAUGGUAGGAGAGGUGUCGGAGGUUAUUACGACCUAGCAAGGGAGGCAAGGGCAGAGGUGAAGAAAGCUGUGGACCCGGAAGAAACCCGAAAAUGGCAGGAGAGAUUGAAGGAACUGGGACUGUGCGUGGCUAACGCAUUGACUGAGAUGGGUGAUGCUGCAGCUGCCGUAAGGCAUUUGGAGAGCUUACGACCUAAAACCGGAAAGGAUGAAGUCCUAGAAGGGCGCCUGGCUCUUCUCUACAUCCACGUUGGAAAUGUGGAUGCAGCACGGCAGUGUCUUUCCGAUACCAGCGCCUCAGACUUGAGACCGUUGCUCAGCAUGGCAGAUGGCCGCUAUGCAGAUGCGGUGGAGGAGUGGAAUGCUUUACCAAGCAGCGAUCUCGCUACACAGAAUUUAGCCGUUUGUCUGUUCUACACUGGCAAGGUGGAUAAGACUUUGGAGCUGCUGGAUCAAUUAGUUGAGAAGGGCAGGAGCUUCCACGCGCUGACUUUCAAUCUAGCGACGGUGUAUGAGCUUUGUAGUGAAAAAGGCAGCCAAAAGAAAGAGGAGCUGGUGGAAAGGGUUUCCAAGCGUAUUGGGGAAACAGGGGGUGGGGAAAGGGGUGUGGCUGACUUCAAAUUAUGA